UAAAUCUUAUGAAAUUUGUUUGACAUUGGCAUAGUCUGAUUAUCGAGAUUUCUCUUAAAAUAAAAAUAUACCAGUCAAAGCAGUUUAUUUAAUUGAUAACUUUCAAUCUGUCUUAGAUAUUUCACUGACACAUUCGACAUGGCAUCACGUAUUUUCAACUCCAUCACCGGUAUCGGGAUGGGACUCCUCGUCGGUGGAUCGGUCAUCAACUCGGCACUGUACAACGUUGAUGGUGGGCAUAGAGCUGUGAUCUUUGACCGAUUCCGUGGUGUUCAACAAACAAUAGUUGGAGAAGGCACACAUUUUCUCAUUCCUUGGGUUCAGAGGCCUAUUAUUUUUGACAUAAGAGCACGUCCCAGAAAUAUUCCUGUUGCUACUGGUAGCAAAGAUCUUCAGACUGUCUCCAUCACAUUAAGGAUAUUGUAUAGACCAAAGCCGUCCGACCUACCAGCUAUUUACACAAACCUGGGCAUAGACUACGAUGAAAGAGUACUGCCAUCUAUUACUACAGAAGUCUUAAAAGCUGUUGUGGCCCAGUUUGAUGCUGCCGAGAUGAUCACACAGAGAGAGGUGGUGUCACACAAGGUCCGUGAGGCCCUGAGCAAUAGAGCAGACGCCUUCAGCAUUCUCCUCGAUGACAUCUCAUUGACCCACCUGACAUUUGGUACAGAGUUCACAUAUGCCGUUGAGCAGAAGCAGGUUGCUCAGCAGGAGGCAGAAAGAGCACGCUACCUUGUAGAGCGGGAAGAACAAAUGAAGAAUGCAGCAAUUAUCCGCGCAGAGGGUGAGUCCGAGGCUGCAAACAUGGUCUCCAAGGCGAUUGGGGAGAGCGGAGAAGGCCUGGUGGAGUUGAGAAAAAUAGAGGCAGCAGAGGACAUCGCCCUCCAGCUGGCCCAGUCAAGGAACGUUGUGUACCUGCCCUCUGGCCAGCAGACCUUGCUAGCACUGCCGCAAGCGUAGGCACACUGAGUGGUUGGGAAGUCUUUAUGGAACUGUGAACUUAUUUGGAUUUGAAGAGUAUUGUUUGUUAGAAGAACUGGACCAUAAUGCAAAUGACAAUACCUGGAUUCUGACUUGCAAACUGGAUCCGAUUGCUAUCAUUGUUUUGCAAUUAUUGUAAAGGACCUCAGUCUGCCAAAUUUGCAGUUGUAAGAAGCUUUCCCUAUAGGGUGUCAUAAAAUGUUAAACUUGUAAAUAAGACUUUGUAAUAAAAAGAGUUUGUUCACAUCUGAAAUGGUAUAUUACAUGAAACAUCCACUUGAAGUAUUUUCACAUAAUGCUCACUUCUUUCUUUAAUAGAACAGUGAUGCAAAUAUUCCACCCCACCCUCAGCAAAGUCCUGUGGUAGCAUCCCGAAUAUAAAGUGGGGGUCCAGGUCGCUCUGAUUGUAAUCUGUUCUGCCUCUCUGCAUUGUCUGAUACAGUUUUCACAGUUUCACUAAGAGAUUUUGUAGACCGUGUAGACCGUUUAUGGUUUGCUUCACGUCAUGCGAAUGUUGGUCUCGUGUCAUAUAUGGCCAUCAGUGCUUAAGACCAUCCUGCACAACACCACAGUCUGGUCUGUAGCUACUCUGUCUGAGAUCACGAAACCUUGAGUUACGCCGAAAAAGUAGCUACUGACCAGACUGCUCAUAUGAAUGGAUAGGCUGGUUUGCAGGUACACUGGUCACAUGUGUCAUUGGACUCAUUUUUGCAUGAUUUGGCUCAAAUGAAUUGGUCAUUAAGUGAUUGUCUUCAUGGAAAAGACUCUUCAUGUACAUUUUACUUCUCAGAGGUUAGUGUUUUAAUGUAUAUUACGAGUAACCAUACUAGAUUGCACUUUUUAUGAUAAAUAUUUAUGCUUACUCGGUAUACAUUCUCUAGUGUAUGGGAUGUUAUCAUACCAAAUAAACAAAUACAAUUUUGA